CUAUGCUUCGGCGAUGAUAACAGUGCUAGCAAGUCAGCUACACGAUUUGAGAAUAAGUUAUGUCUGGUUGUCUAGUAGUUACGGAGAGACGUUUUCUAAAAAUGGACAUUUUUUCUCGGUUUUCCUUACAUGAAUAGUUGAAAAUAUCCCCCAUGUCUACAGAGCCGGCACUGGUGAUACCUCAACGGCGAAUGAACUAGCUGACUUUAGCUAGUAAUGUCUCUAACUCUACCAUCCUCCGAUAUGCUGGAAACCCCACCUGGAUAUCCAUUUGAAGAAAUAAAUUAUGAGGAUAUUGAAGUUGAAGAGGUGGUGGGGAGAGGAGCAUUUGGAGUUGUCUGCAAAGCCAAAUGGAAAGGCAAUGAUGUCGCCAUCAAGACCAUUGAGAGUGAAUCCGAGAGGAAAGCCUUUAUUGUUGAGCUCCGACAGCUUUCACGUGUGAACCACCAAAACAUUGUGAAGCUGUACGGCGCUUGCAAAAAUCCAGUCUGCCUUGUGAUGGAGUACGCUGAAGGCGGAUCAUUGUACAAUGUGCUGCAUGGUGCUGAACCCCUCCCUUAUUACACUGCUUCCCAUGCCAUGAGCUGGUGUUUACAGUGCUCCCAGGGCGUGGCCUAUCUCCAUGGCAUGAAACCAAAGGCUCUCAUUCACAGGGACCUCAAGCCACCCAAUCUGCUUCUGGUGGCAGGAGGCACCGUGCUGAAGAUCUGUGACUUUGGAACAGCUUGUGACAUUCAGACCCACAUGACCAACAACAAGGGAAGUGCAGCAUGGAUGGCUCCAGAGGUAUUUGAAGGCAGCAAUUACAGCGAAAAGUGUGAUGUGUUCAGCUGGGGAAUCAUUCUCUGGGAAGUCAUCACUCGCAGAAAGCCCUUUGAUGAAAUCGGAGGACCAGCUUUUCGCAUCAUGUGGGCCGUUCACAACGGUACGAGGCCUCCCUUAAUCAAGAACUUGCCCAAACCCAUUGAGAGCCUGAUGACUCGCUGCUGGUCUAAAGACCCCUCUCAGCGGCCCUCCAUGGAGGAGAUAGUGAAGAUCAUGACUCAUUUAAUGAAGUACUUUCCAGGAUCUGAUGAACCUCUGCAGUAUCCAUACCAGUAUUCAGAUGAGGGACAAAGCAACUCUGCCACCAGUACAGGCUCGUAUGUGGACUAUACUGGAACCAACACAAGCAACAAAAGUGAUGCAAAUAUGGAACACAGUCGCAAUGACACAAUCAAGAUCACACCUCAGUUUGCCCCACAUUUCAAGCCAAAGGGAGACCCUUUAAGGUCUCUGCCUUUGUCCAGAGGGGGCAGCGUUGAGAGCCUGCCGGCACGAACACAGUGCUCAGCGUCCUCUGACAGCAAAAGAAUGAGUGCUGACUUGUCAGAGUUGGAGCCUAAGAUGCCGUUUGCACCCGCAGCACAUCCCCAGUAUAAGAGAGGCCAUCGUAAAACUGCAUCAUUUGGAACCAUUCUGGAUGUCCCCAAGAUCGUCGUCACAGCCACGUGUGAGGCUCAGAGACGUCGGUCCAUACAGGAUCUGCCAGGUAUCGGCACGGAGUCCAGCCAGGGGAGCAGGAACAGUAGUCGGUCCUCCAGUCCAAGUGUCAGGAUGAUGCCGCCGGACAAGCCAGGCAACAGAGGUUACUUCUCCCCCGAUGACCCCACAGACACUAACGGCUCAGACAACUCCAUUCCCAUGGCUUAUCUCACCCUGGAUCACCAGCUGCAGCCUCUUGCUCCCUGUCCCAACUCCAAAGAGUCCAUGGCUGUGUUCGAGCAGCACUGCAAGAUGGCCCAGGAAUAUCUGAAGGUCCAAACGGAGAUCGCCCUGCUGAUCCAGAGGAAGAAGGAGCUCAUCGCUGAACUGGACCAAGAUGAGAAGGACCAGCAGAACACGUCACGUCUGGUCCAGGAGCACAAAAAACUGCUGGAGGAGAACAAGAGUCUGUCCACGUACUACCAGAAGUGCAAAAAGCAGCUGGAGUUGAUCCGGGUGCAGCAACAGAAGAGACAGGGCACGUCGUGAUGGGACAGAGACCUACAGUCUCCCACCUCCUCCUCCACGUUCCCGCCCCAUCCUCUCCUGCCCUGCACAGUAACACUACCCACUCUGCUUCAUCCGAACUCCACCCGCGUAGACUGUGUCCUGCAUGUCCAGCCAGCAGGGGGCUCAUCCCGGACACAGUCCCUGCUUCCGUGGCCUGAUGCCAGGCGGCGGCAUCCACCGAGCACCACGGGGGACUAAUGAGGAAACGUUUCCCUUUCCUCUGGAGGCUUCCUUCUCAGCAUUUCUGCAGCUGCCACGUCAUCCUCCUCAGAAAGUGAAAACCAGACGAGUCAUGCUACAGCGAUGAUGAUGCUGCAGAAAUACCAGAAGCCAUUUAGGGUGUGUGAGAUGUACUCUGCAGUUUCCGCCAUGAAAUCACUGUAUCUAUCUCUAAAAUCUCCCCUUCCUGACCCAAGCCUGGACCUGCUGCAGACCAGGAGGACGGCUCCUUACUGUUUCACCUCAGUGUUGUUUUUGUGUUUUUUUUAUCCAGUAGUUCACUUGGUAUGAUAGAUUUGUGUCAUUUUUUCCAUUAGGAUAUGUUUUGGUCUGGAAAUGCUCUUGCAGACAACGGGGAGGCGCUUCCCCUCACCGUACAGUAUCCAGUUUGUUUUUAGUUCACAUGUUGCCUUCGAGGUUGCCUGCAUAGAAGUGCUUGUUUUACGUGACAUGUAGUAAGGAUAAAGGAUGAAAACAGACCCUUUUAAUGUACUUGAGAAGAGGAAGUGAGCUGUUCAUGUUUUUGCCACAUGUCCUUCUUUUCUUGUCUCGUCCUUCAAAUAUUUUUGCACAAUCACUGAGUUUUGUCUGCUCGUGUACAAAUUUGGUUCUUUUUAAGCUAUUCUCUUUUUAAAAGUCAAGGACUUGACAAGUCUUGCUUUUAAAAGCCACCAGGAGUAUGUCAAUGAGCAAGGCAUUAUAAAAUAAACGGUGAAAAAAUA